GGUGGUGACCGGGUUGUGGGAAGAGUAAACUUGUCGUGGGCCCGAGAAGCCCGGGCUCUAUUGUAGUAAUGGUCUAUUACUUUACUGGCCUACUUAUCCUCUUCCUACACAACACCUACCGCUUGCCUGGUCGUAGACAUAUUCACGGCAUUUUCUUAACAUCACAAAGUGCACACCUCUCCAAAUGAGGGUCUUUAGCACGAUAGGGCUGUUGCCCAUGAGCCUUGUGCUCCUUCUCGGGUCCAGUACUCCCGUUCAAGCUAACAAGACCUGCGGGCCAUCCGUCCCCUUGCCUAUGAGACUGGUCCACCAGUUCUCCAAACCCACCUACCUCCAAUGCCUCCACAUCCGAGCCAACGGCGACAUGCUGCUCGGCACCGUCUUCCCCAACGCAUCCAUCUACUACUUGACCGGCGCGUCCACCGACAACCCCACCGUCUCCACGAUCCACACCUUCGCCGGCAUCCCCAGCACUGACGUCAUCAACGGCGUGACGGGUAUCGUCGAGACUGAACCCGACGUCUUCGCCUUCACCGGCGGCAUCCAGCAGAGCCUCGGCCUGCAGCGCAACGGCACCUGGGGCGUCUGGCAGCUGGACCUCCGACCCACACGCAACAACAACAACAACACCAACAACAACACUAGUGCGCCCAUCAUCCAAGAACUCGUGCACAUCCCCGACAGCGGCCUACUCAGCGCCGUCGUCGCCCUCCCCAAGACCCCCACCGUCGUGCUCGUGGCCGACACCUCGCUGGGCCAGGUGCUGCGGGUCGACACAGUGACGCGGCGAUGGGAGGUGGCGGUGCGCGACUGGGCGAGCAUGCACUACCCGCCGUGGGCGAGCCUGCAGUUCGGCGUCAACGGGCUGGCGCUGCGCGGCGGGUACCUGUACUGGACCAACUCGUUCGUGGCCGCGCUGUAUCGGAUUCGUAUGACGGAUGAUGGGUAUCCGGCGCCGGGGGCGGUAGUGGAGGAUGUGGCGACGGUGCGGUCGCUGUUUGUGGAUGGGUUGGUGUUUGGGCCCGGGGAGAGGGACACGCUGUGGGCGGCGACGAAUGCGGAUAAUAGGGUGUUGGCGAUCGGGGAGGAUGGGGAGUAUACUACUGUUGCGGGCGCCCCGGAUGAGAUGACCAUGGCGGGAGCGGUGGCGCCGCGGUUUGGCACGCUGCCUGGGGACGAGCAUACGUUGUAUGUGUCGACUUCGGGAGGGGUUGUGCUUCCCGUUAACGGGACCGAGUUUGAGGGUGGCAAGGUUGUGGCCGUUGAUACGAGACCGUUUUUCCACCCGAACAACGAGUGCGGCGGUUUGUAACAUUGGUUUGACCCGCGAUCCGGACCUUAAGCGUAAACAACAACAGCAACAAGAAGUGCUUCUAGAAACCGCGACCAGCAAGUAUGUUAGCGUUGAGCGUUCUAUGGUUUGUUCCUUACAACAUACAAAGAGUGGUACCUACGA